GUCUUGGAACACGCAUUUGUGAGAACAUGGGACUCGUGGAAGAAGGGAGCAAGGAUUGAUAUGAAAAAAAAAAAAAAAAACAAAUGAUUGGAAACAGUGAGGUCGAAAAGAAACAGAUAUACAUCAACUGGAUGUGAUCUUAUUUGCGAGGAGAGCACAGAAAUCAAUUUGAGAGAGCAAUGGCAGGAAUUAAUUGCACAUCAAUUUCAACAAGCUUGCGUCAAUUAUUGCGGCUGCACUUCAGAGGAUUCGCGUGUCCGUUCUCAUCUAAAAGCACGGACGAGGUCAGCGAGAGUCCGAGAUUACGUGAAUUCAGGAAAAAAUUGCGCGAACGCGCUCCCAUAGAAAAAUUGGACGAGUUGGAGGAGGGCAAGCAUCCUUAUCAGGAGAAGGAACCCUUGAAACCGUUCCCGGACAACACGAAUCCGGAAACGGGCGAAGUCGGGGGCCCGCGCGGACCGGAACCGACUCGUUACGGCGACUGGGAGAGAAAAGGCCGCGUGACGGACUUCUGAAUCAUCCCUGUACAGAAAUAGGCAUUCCUGUAUAGGAAUAGAAAUUCGUUUGUUAAUAACAAUUAGAAAUUGUCCACUUCAAAACGUUAAAUAAUUAAAGCUAUAUUUUGAGAUACGAUUUUAUAAAACUGCGCAAUCUGUUAUACUGCCUAAUAUAUUUAUAUGCACACUGUUCACAUUUAUCAAACAAAACAGAUCAGUGAGGGCUCAUUGAUUUUUUAUUAUUUUUGAUUUAUUCAUUCAGAUCCAGUGAAGAACUAAAGGCAAAGCCAUUUAUAUGAAAGAAUUACCGCAGAUCAACGCUCACUAAUCUGUUUUGUCUGCUGAAUGUACUCAUUGUGUACAGGGUGCAUAAAUGUACAAUAUUAGGCAGUAUAACAGUAGAGAGAAGCAUGAGAGCGAGAGUCAUCUCGGCCUUUGGCCUUUUAAAGCCUUUUUAGGACCGUCAGAACCCCCGUACAGUAGCACACCAUUUUUGACAUGGCUAUUAUUAAAGUAGCUACAUUUAUUUUCUGACAUUGUUCUGAUAAAAUCAUAACAUGAAAAAUGGAUGUGGUUCGAGUCUACAUAAUAAUAGUACUUAUUUAGCAUAUAAUUCACGUUACAUAUACAGUAUACAAUUUAUGUUACAUAUACUAUAGAAUCUCGGAAAUAUUCAGUCAACAAAAUUAUCGCAUAGGUAAAUUUAUAUCAAAAUGUCGCAUAAAUUUAGACAAUCAUAACUCUGCGAAAAAUGAUCGUAUCGAAAAGUUCUUUUUUUCAUUUCUCAAGAGUAAAACUUGUACUUAAAGAUG